AUGAGUAACUCCAAUUACCAGCAUAAUAUUUUCAAUAUUAAUGAAGUGCCGUUUCAAGAGGUAGACCAAACUGAACAAAAUGACCAAGUACCAGUGCCAGUACCAGAGGUCACGGGACCCGUCCCAUAUUCGGAGAACUACCAAGUUCCCCCCAUACAGCCGGUUCAAAUACCCUCGAUACCGUAUUCAUCAUACUCGGUGAAUGCCCCGAAUAUACCAAUAAUGAACCAAGUUUCAGGACACAACCAGGUGCACCAACUAUCGAUGAACCAGGCUCCGAUACCGAUGAGUCAAGUGACCAUGAACCAGAUGCCUAUACAGAAAACAAAUCCAAUACAGAAUAGUCAGAUACAAAAUAGUCAGAUACAAAAUAGUCAGAUACAAAAUAGUCAGAUACAAGGUAGCCAACUACAAGGUAGCCAACUACAAGGUAGCCAACUACAAGGUAGCCAACUACAAGGUAGCCAACUACAAGGUAGUCAGAUGCAAGGUAGUCAGAUUCAAAGUCAAAUAUCAGGGCAAGCACCUCAAGGAUUACCUCAAAUACCUCAAGGAUUACCUCAAAUACCUCAGGGAAUACCUCAAAUGCCUCAAGCACCUCAAAAUCAACCGGUCCAGAACCCAGAGCCGACCGUGCACCCAGUACACCAACCAGUACCACCGGUACAUACAGCACCAGCUCAACCAAUACAACCAGGACUGAAUCAAACAGGCAUUCAAAUAUCACAGACAAAUCCGAUACAAAACGUACCUAGCCAAACAACACAAGUAGACUUGUCAUAUAAUGAUUUAUAUUACCAACCAAUAAAAUAUGAUAAUCAUUUUAAUUUCAAUAUGAUAACAUCACAAGCACCUAUUCAACUACCAGUUCAACAAUCAAUACAAUCACAAAUUUCGCAAACGCCAAUCCAAACCCCAAAAAGAAAAAAAUCCAAAAUAAUGAUCAACGAUAUGAAACCGGAAACCGCAGCAAGAAAUAGAUGUCCAAUUUGUCAAAAACAAUUCAAAAGACCGAGCUCUUUACAAACUCAUAUUUAUUCUCACACCGGUGAAAAAUUAUUUAAAUGUCCUUGGGUUGAUUGUGGAAGAUUAUUCAGUGUUAAAUCAAAUAUGACUAGACAUACUAGAAUUCACGAACGAGACAUGAAAUUCAAUACUUCAUCGAAUAAUACAAACAAUAAUGUACCUUGA